CAUUCUUGUCGUCUGCUUUCAAAGAACAGUUUGUUGUUUGUCAUUGUUGCUAGUGAUAAGUCUUGAACUUUGUUUCUUGAAGUUUUAAAAUAUUUCUAAGCAAUUUUUAACAUUAUGAAUAUUAAUUUAGUCAAUUUCCUACUUGAAUUGUUCGCUGGAAUUGGGUUUCUGCUGUCAGUUUACGCCUACAAUGUUGAAGUAAGCUUUGAGGAAGACAACAGUUAUGUCGCUAUGUGUGAUAUCAGUCAACACAUGAGUUGUACUAAGGCUUUCAGUUCUGAGUAUGGAAAGGGAUUCGGACUCACAAGACUAAUAUUUGGAGAAGAUUCGGCUCUAAAUCUACCAAACGGAGCUCUUGGCUUGAUAUUCUACAGUGUUUUUGGACUACUUUGUUUCAGUACUUCCAGUCUAAGCUCCAAAGUAAUGAUUUCGAUGGCAAUUGCAUCAAAUCUGACUUCCCUAUGGUUGGCCUAUGUACUCUAUUUUGUGCUCUACGACGCAUGCGUGGUAUGCAUUUCGUUGUAUGUUGUAAAUGCCACCCUGUUAUGGUUGUCGCUGCAUAGACAAAGUAUAGUCGCUGGGUACAAUAAGAAACAACAUAAAAUGAAACAAAAAUAAACAUUAUGCAUACCAUUAUAUGAAAAAAUUAUACAUUAUGUGAAAAUAUUAGUUGACCUAUUAAUGACUUCACAUUAUGUGAAAUCAUAAUACAGGAAGUCAUCAUAUUUAUAUAAUUCAUUCAUUUCAUUGAUUCUCAUUCAUUUAUUGUACAAAAUAUUACCAUAGAGAAACGAUAGCAUAAGUAGAUAUCCCAUGGUAUAGAGCGUUUAUGUCGCAACUUUUACUGUUAUCCCAAGCCGAUAGUUCACGUAGCUCUCUCCUAUGCAGCUGUGUGACGCUGGUAGUCUCUCAAAUUGUGCCGUUCAUACACUAUCACCCCAACAAAACAGUAAAAAUUGACAAUAAUCGACAGUAAUCAGCUUGAGAUAACAGUAAAAGUUGCGACAUAAAUUCCCUAUACCAUGGGAUAUCUACUUACGCUAUUGUUUCUCUAUGAUAUUACAAUCAUAAUUAUAAUUAUGACAUUGAAGGAAAAAAUAGGCUGAGCCUGUACUAUUUCUCUCCAAAAAUUUAUCUCUCUAAAGAAGAUCGAGCUUACCAAAAAAUGUUAUGUAGUUAAGUAUCAAGUUUGUAAUUAAUUGAAGUGAUAUAUCAAUUUGAAAAGAUGAGAAGGAAUUGAUGUAAAAUUUUGUAGUUUGAAUUAUCUUGAAAAAGAGAAAUUCAAUAAGUCUGUUCAGUACAGUAUCUAAAAGGAGUGAACAAAUAGAGCUCAUGGAAGUUGCAAUUAUCAACAAUCUUAUGAUCUUGAUAAGGUAAUCAAUAAUCAAUAUUAUCUUCUAUAAACUACACAAGAGACUCAAGCAACUUCAUAUAUUGGCAACAGAGAGAACAUUUAGGGCCGGUUUCCGAGCUCCGGAUUUGGCCAAGUCCUAGACUUCAAACAGCUGGAGUCAGAAAAUUGGCUUUCCAAAACGGGGCGUAGUCAGAGUGUUUAUUUUCUCAUUUCUAUAAUUUGAAACGUUUUUCCUUGACGAAAUUAAAUAUUUCUAAAUAAUUCAAAACAGCUGAAACUUUACACUUUUUUCUCUUUAUUCUAUUUUGUGUUUAAUUUACUAGUUUUUUGAAAUUUAAUUCAAACGUGACUAUGACAAUGACUGCGACUACGCCCCGUUUCGAAAAGCCAAUUUUCUGACUCCAGCUGUUUAAAGUCUAGGUCUUAGCCAAAUCCUGAGCUCGGAAACCGGGCCUUAUAGGUCUUCAGGAAGCUGUAUGUUUUCAGGGUAGUUAAUAACAUAUUAUUUGGAAUAUUCUUUGAUAAAUAUAAUAUUGUAAUGUAAAUUUAUUAUAUUUUGAAUAAUACCAAUAUUAUAUUUGUUCCAUAAUUGAGAAAAAUAGAUACAAUACAGAUAUAAAUAUUCUAAAAAA